AUGGCACGCACAUGCACGGACCCAUCUUCCUUUUCACUUGCGACUCAUGCUUUACCGGCGCAUGCAUCCACUUCGUCUCACCCUCGCACAUUCUCUCUCCCUCAUUCUCUCAUUAGCUCCCUGGGUCCCAUACCAUUGGAUCCUCACGUCUCUCUCUUCCGGUCCUCCCGCCCCCCUCACUUGCGAUCUCCCUCUCCCCCUCCCCAUACUCCUUCUCCCCCUUCUCCUUUCAGUCCGCCUGGCAGUCCAGGGGCGGGUAUGAUCGUCGCCUACAGGGUCUUCACCGCCCUCGCGUCCGGCCCGCCCGCUUCCCUCUCCUUCACAAAUACCACCGUCCCCGGGUGCGACCCGGCCAAGUGGAGCCUCGCUCCGGGCGCCAUCACCUGGCGGACGGCGGGUGUCCCCUCGGUUUACCAUAGCUACAACGGGAUAUUUCAGACUUCGCCCGGAAAUGACCCAGAGCGCAUCGGCAUCCCAAUGACGUCUCUCACCUACAACUUCAACGUCCGCUUCUCCUCCUACAUGCCCGGGGGCGCCAACCUCUCUCUCGCCCUCAAGAGAGAGAGGGAGCCAGAAGCGAGAAAUUCAUCCCCAGCCGCUCAUGCUGACUCCAUUCCUCAACACGCAUUUCCUCCCUCCCUCCCUUCCCUCUCUCACCGCCUUCUUCUCACCAGGAGUGAUGGAUACACCUACCGACUCGACUACACGUGGAUGGCGGUGGCGCCAACAGAGGAGCCCGUCACCAGCCGUCUGAUCAUCUUCUACGAAACCUCUCCGCCUGCCACUCCUGCUUCCUCCGGCCGCCGCCAGCUCCUUAGUGUUGAGCCGCCUCCCACUGGGAAAGCAGUGAGCAGCAGCAGCAGCAGCACGGACCAGAAGUCGAAAGAGGAUGCGAGGAAGGAGAGAGAGGCAGCGAUCGCCGCGAGAAAGGAGGCGAUUGCGGAGCGAAAGGCGGCGAUUGCAGCAAGGGAGCAGGCGAAGCAGGAGAGGGAGAAGGCGAAGGAGGAUGCGAGGAAAGCCAAGGAGGAGGCCGUUGCAAAGAAGGAAGCAGCGAAGAAGGCCAAGGAGGAGGCAAUUGCGAAACGGGAUGCGGCAAAGAAGGCAAAGGAGGAAGCUAUUGCAAACAAGGAGGCGGCCAAGCUGGCAAAAGAGCAGGCGAUAGCCAAGAAGCAAGAGGCGAUGGCAAUUAGGGAGGCGGCGAAAAAGGAGAAGGAAAAGAAGACGCCUCCAUCGUCUCCGCCCUCCUCACCUUCCCCCCCAUCACCCUCCCCACCUUCCCCACCACCACCCUCGCCACCUUCCCCACCACCUUCCCCUCCACCAUCCCCGCCCCCAUCCCCACCCUCCCCACCACCCUCCCCGCCCCCAUCCCAACCAUCCCCUCCUCCGUCCCCCCCCCCAUCCCCACCCCCAUCCCCUCCUCCUCCCGCUGCUCCCACCGUCUCAUCCGUUUCCCUCCCUCUCAGCGGCUACUCCAACACCUGCCCCCCCGGCACCAACUGCCCCAUUUUCUACGCCGUCAUUGGCGCCCAGCAGUGGUUCUUCUCACCUGCCUGGGGUUAUCCCACACAGGAAGCUCGUGAGGCGAACCCCACAUAUGUUGCGCUGAAUGCGCUGAUGCAGUAUGCGCUCACUGGGGUGAAGGGGCGGCUGGUGAAUGCGAGCAUGAAGCUGGAGGCAGCUGGCAGCGGCAAGGGGCCGAAUGAUUUGCUGCAUCGAUAUUAG